UGAUUGGCUGGGCGAAUUGCAAACCACGCCCCGUACAACUGUGAAAAUGUUUUGUAGAGCCGCCAUUGUUUUUGCUCGCUACAAAACCCCAGCGCACCGACGGAGAUAGUAGACGGAGAGAGUAGUUUGUUUUUUAACGCAGUUAAGUUAUGGCAAACAUCAGGAAAUCGGAGCGAUGGAGUGAUGAGGAGGUAUCAGCGCUUCUGGACAUCUACGCCGAGGACGCGACGCAGGGAAUGCUGCUGAAGCCAGUACCCAAUUCGAAGAUGUUCAAUCGUUGUUCUAACUUGUUGCUUGAGAUGGGAAUCGUGCACAGCGCCAUGGCAUGCCGGCUGAAAAUAAAGAAACUCCACCAGGACUACAAAAAAACUAAAGACUGUAACAAUAAAAGUGGUAACGACCGGAGGACCACUAAAUGGUUCGACCGCUUGGAUGUUUUGCUAGGCCACAGACCAUCAUUCACAGGUACAGCAUCGAGCCUUGAUUCGGGCAGUAUGGCAUCGGAGGCCGCUCCAACGGCGAAUUUAGAGGGCGACCACGACGAAGGCGAGGAAAAUCAGCAACACUCGGGAUUGGAAACAAGCGAGCUUGGCGUUGGAGAUCAGAGCGCUUGCUCGUCUCCCUUACCGGCAACCAAACGCAAAGGAAAGCGGACACAGGAUGCACUUUUCUUCGAGACCGUCCAGGCGUUGGAGGACCGGCGUGCCGUGGUGAAUGAGUCGCUGCGCGGAGAUCAGAUGACGAGCGAGUGCCAGCCUUUGCGGUUGAAAUACUCGUUGUGGUAUCCUCUGGUCUCAGAAUGGGGAUGGGUGAUCCAUCUACUGCACCUACACACUGGCACACCCCAUCUGCGCUCAAAAAUAACGCCAUCCUCCUCUAACUUCUCAGCGUUCGGCCAUGGCAUGAACUCACAAAGGAGUAUGCUCACAACAGAGGAGCAGAACUCGUGCACACAGUAA